AUGGAUGACAUUGAGAUGUACUGGGGCUCUUGGUUCCUCAACGGGUGGACGUUCACAGCUUUUUCAAUCCUCCUCGGAUUUAUCGCCAUCCGCCGCGUCCUCCUACCCAAGCCUCUCGCUGGAAUACCGUAUAAUGAGAAAGCAGCGAGCCAUGUUUUCGGGGAUAUUCCCGAGAUGAUGGGAUACGUCUUGCGAACCAAACGCAUUUUCUGCUGGCUCACGUCCCUGACGACACGCCACAGAAGCCCAAUUAUCCAAGCAUUCAUCAAGCCUGGGUCACUUCCUUGGGUGGUUCUCACCGAUCCCUUCGAGAGUCAAGACAUCCUUCUUCGCAGAAAGGAGUUUGACCGAAGUAGCUUCUUUGGCGAACUCAUCGGAGGGAUUCUGCCGGAACAGCAUAUCCAGUUUCGGUCUGCCGAUCCGAAAUUCAAGAGGCCCCGUAACCUGAUCAAUCAUUUGAUGGCGCCCACAUUCAUCACUCAAGUCAGCGCCCCAGAGGUCUAUAAAUCAAUCAGCACUUUGAUCAAGGUGUGGCAAGUCAAGUGUGAGCAGGCUAAGGGACGACCGUUCUCGGCCCACCAUGAUAUUACCCAUGCGGCACUGGAUUCCAUCUUUGCGUCCUCGUUCGGACUUCCGGAAUCGCAGAGUAUUACUAUGCAACAACUGAAUGCAGUGGAACACUCAGCUCCGGAAAUUCUCGGUGGCACGGAUGAAGAGACUGUUUUUGCAGAAGGCACUAUUCCCGACCUUUUCGCUGCCGUCCUCGCCUUGACCAACUCAGUUACUGACACGCAGCUGUCACCGGCACCAGUUCUCACAUCCUGGGUUCUCCGCAAGUUCCCUUACAUGAAAAAGGCUACAGCUGUCAAGGAUGGCUACAUUCGUGAUAGAAUCACCGAGUCGGUGCAACUCAUUGAGGGCGGGAAAACGGAGCCUUGGAGCGCACUUCACUCAGUGCUCUUGCGGGAGAGAGAAGUCGCCGUCAAAGAGGAUCGCCAGCCGGACUACUACAAGCGUUCCAUCUUCGACGAGUUUUUCGGUUUCAUGAUGGCUGGUCAUGAUACAUCAGCUACUGCCAUGGCCUGGGGGGUAAAGUAUUUGGCCGAUAACCCAGCAAGUCAAGAUCGUCUGCGGAAUGCUCUGCGUGCCGCGCUCCCUGAAGCCGUCAAAGAGAAAAGGGCCCCUACAUACCAAGAGCUCAUCAAGGCUCACGUGCCGUACCUUGAUGCCAUGGUUGAAGAAGUCUUGCGUCAUUCGGGACCAAUUGCUUUUGUCGUUCGCGAAGCUUUGCAGGAUACUACAGUGUUAGGCCGACAUAUUCCUAAGGGUACAAACGUCUUCCUCAUGGCCAAUGGUCCCGGAUAUCUUGAGCACAAUAUGCCUGUCGACGAUAACUCCCGCAGCCCCGGUGCACGCCGCGACCAGAACAAGGCUCUGACCGGCGCAUGGGCUGACGGAGAUAUUGCUGCUUUUAGGCCGGAGAGAUGGCUCAAGAAUGAUGGGAAUGCAAAAGACGAGAGUGAUGGGGUGUUUGAUCCUAUGGCUGGCCCAACGCUAGCGUUUGGAUUGGGCCCGCGCGGGUGCUUUGGCAAAAGGCUGGGCUUGCAAACACUGAAGAUUGAAUUUGCGCUCAUCGUUUGGCACUUUCGACUCUUACCGCUACCAGCUGAAUUGAACGGGUAUGAGGGCAUACAGAGAUUUGCGAGGGAACCUACGCAGUGUUACGUGCGUCUGAAAAAUGUUGAAAUCUAG